CGUUUAUACGAUUAUAGAACUGUGGCUUUUAAUCAAUCCUCGUUAGUUGAGCACGAUAACACAGUAGUUGAGAAUUAUAGUGGCAACGUGUACACGCGUAGGGUGUCCUCCUAGACCAUGAUUCGUGCGUUUCCUUUUUUCGAAAUUGUGAAACCGGAUUGACGGACGCAGUUUACGUGAAACGUCGUCGCUAGAUCCGUCCCCGUGACACCUUAACUUCAAGCAACGAACUACGUGACAUUCUACAAUUUUCCAACUAACCGGGUGGAGAACGAACGACGACGACGACUGCUCGAGGGAGAGAUGAAAGAUACGGCGAGUAAGAAGUACGAAAAACUAUUCGAGGAUAAUGAACUGGAUGCCGCCGCAGCGACGGCCGCAGCCGCCGACAAGGACCGCGACGAAAAUGCAUCGGUGAAAGACGACAAAGACCAAGGCCCGAUGAUGUGGUUGACGACAUCCGACGCAGCCAGCCUUGGCGCGGAGGAGGUGUCCGCCAGGUUGCACGUGGACGUGAGAACUGGCCUUUGGUGGCAGGAAGCAGACCAUCGAAGACAACUAGUCGGGUUCAAUGAAUUUAGCGUUAAAGAAGAGGAACCGACAUGGAAGAAGUAUCUCGAACAGUUUAAAAACCCUUUAAUCCUGUUACUUCUGGGUUCUGCUUUUGUUAGCAUAUGUAUGAAGCAGUUCGACGAUGCUGUCAGUAUUACAGUGGCUAUCAUAAUAGUAGUGACAGUUGCAUUCGUGCAAGAAUAUAGAUCUGAAAAGUCCUUAGAGGAAUUAAACAAAUUGGUGCCGCCUACGUGUCACUGUUUACGAGAAGGUAGAGUAGAGACGUUCCUCGCUCGCAAUUUAGUUCCUGGCGACGUAGUUUAUUUAAAUAUCGGGGAUAGAGUGCCAGCCGAUAUCAGGAUAUUCGAAGCGAUAGAUCUAGCGAUCGAUGAGAGCAGUUUCACCGGGGAGACCGAACCGGCACAAAAGUCGACAGCUCCGAUAUUGAAAGGUAACGGAUUAACGUCGAAGAGGAAUAUAGCGUUUAUGGGCACGCUGGUACGCUGCGGUAAUGGGAAGGGUAUAGUAGUGAAUACGGGCGAGAAGAGCGAAUUCGGUAAAGUGUUCUCCAUGAUGCAAGCAGAGGAGUCUCCGAAGACACCGCUUCAAAGAAGCAUGGACAUCCUGGGCACGCAGUUGUCCUUCUAUUCGUUCUGUAUCAUCGGCAUUAUCAUGCUCCUUGGCUGGAUCCAAGGCAAAGCGAUACUCGAGAUGUUCACCAUCAGCGUGAGUCUAGCAGUGGCGGCUAUACCGGAGGGUCUGCCCAUCGUUGUAACCGUGACUUUGGCUCUGGGCGUUAUGAGAAUGGCCAAGAGGAAAGCCAUUGUCAAGAAACUGCCAACGGUCGAGACGCUCGGUUGCGUGAACGUGAUAUGCUCCGAUAAGACCGGCACUAUCACGAAGAACGAAAUGACAGCGACGAUUGUAGUAACCUCGGAGGGUUACAUAGCCGAUAUAACUGGUGCUGGUUACAACGAUAAAGGAGAAGUGCGAAUUCGGAAGUGCGACAACUUCGACCUUGCCCAUGCAGCUAUUAGUAACAUGCUGGAAGUCGGAUGCGUCUGCAACAACGCUAUUAUACAAAACGAUACGUUGCUCGGUCAGCCGACGGAAGGUGCGUUGAUAGCGUUGGCACUGAAAUACGGCAUGUACGGGGUGGCAGACAAGUAUCUGCGAUUACAAGAGUACCCGUUCUCGUCCGAACAGAAAAUGAUGGCUGUGAAGUGUACACCGAAGCACGGCGAGAACAGGCAAGAGAUCUAUUUUGUGAAAGGUGCUAUAGAGAAGAUCUUACCGUUGUGCAGCAAGUACUCGGUCAACGGGCAAGUGUACGCUUUGAAUCAGAAGAGGGACGAAGAAUUCUUGACGGAAGCGUACGAGAUCGGACAGCAGGGAUUGAGAGUAAUCGGAUUGGCGCGUGGUUCGUCGCUGCAAGAUCUCAUGUACGUCGGCCUCGUGGGUAUAUGCGAUCCUCCGCGGCCCCACGUUCGGGAAUCGAUAACGACUUUAAUAAAUAGCGGUGUUAAAGUGAAAAUGGUUACGGGUGAUGCCAGAGAAACUGCAUCCGCGAUAGCGAGCAUGAUCGGGCUAGACGUGCUGCAUUCGCGAUUGAUAUCCGGAGACGAGAUCGAUCUGAUGUCCGAGAAUCAGUUGGAGCAGUGCAUCAAUAACGUUAGCGUGUUUUACCGGGUCACUCCUAAGCAUAAGCUGUGCAUCGUGAAAGCCUUGCAAAGGGAAGGAAACAUAGUGGGCAUGACCGGCGACGGUGUGAACGAUGGCGUCGCUCUGAAGAGAGCCGAUAUAGGGAUAGCCAUGGGUAAAAACGGUACCGACGUCUGCAAAGAAGCUGCAGACAUGAUUCUCGUCGACGACGAUUUUCAAACCAUCAUUGCUGCGAUCGAAGAGGGGAAAGGAAUAUUUCAUAAUAUACGAAACUUCGUGAGAUUUCAAUUAAGUACAAGCAUAGCUGCUUUGUCGUUGAUCGCGCUUGCUACUUUGAUGGGUAUACCGAAUCCGUUGAAUGCCAUGCAGAUUCUCUGGAUCAAUAUCAUUAUGGAUGGACCGCCUGCUCAAAGUCUCGGCGUCGAACCGGUUGACAAAGAUGUUUUGAAACAAAAGCCGCGCGACACGAAGGAACCGAUGAUCAAUCGACGUCUGAUCAUCAACGUACUACUGUCUGCUGCUAUCAUUAUUCUUGGCACUCUAUGGGUUUAUAACAGAGAGAUGACGACUGACGGUACCACUGCGAGAGACACAACUAUGACGUUUACCUGUUUCGUUUUCUUCGACAUGUUCAACGCUUUAAGUUGUAGAUCACAAACCAAGUCCAUAUUUACCAUUGGUUUGUGGAGUAACAAAAUGUUCCUGGUGGCCGUUACGUUGUCGGUAAUAGGGCAGAUGCUAGUGAUCUAUUUCCCGCCUUUGCAACGAGUUUUUCAGACGGAAGCUCUCUCGGCAAAAGACAUCCUGUUCCUCGUCGCGCUGACAUCGAGCGUCUUCGUGAUCAGCGAAAUAAAGAAAUUCAUCGAGAGGCAACUGUACAAACGGCGAACAGCAGGUACACAGUAUUGUAACAAGUCCGAGACGGAUUUCGUAUGACAGUUACAGUCUGCCGACGAUAAGGCGGACAAACAUCAUUCGGAAUAAAAAAAAUCAGAAAUACCCGAGACGCGCAAUCGUACGCGGGUAGUAGUCCUUCGUUCGUCAAGACAUUAACUCUUCGCUAAUACACUCGACUAUGCUUGCACAUUUGUAAAACUUAAUACCACUUGUGCACCCGUCAGAGAUGAUACAACACAUUUUUCCUCCCCCGUGGUCGCGCGUGCGUGCGCGUAAUCGAAGGCGCGUUAAACGAAAGAUUGAAUUUUAAAAGGAUCGAAUGCGUUUUUUAACAUUUACACAUUUCUCUCUCUCUCUCUCUCUGAUAUCCAACGUUUUUAGGCGUUUAGAAUAUAUUUAGCCGUUCUCACUUUCCUCGCGUUCACGGGGAAUCAACAUUGGACACGUGAUAGAUUCUAGAGGAAACGCCGUGCACAUUCCAUGUACUUCUUCGUAUAGACGAUCGAUUUUAACAUCAGUCGUGUUUGUAGCGCGACGAUCAUCGAGCAGUCGUGAAUAGGUGUUGUUCCGACUCUUAAAAUCCAUUAUUUCUCCAUUCAUUCGACUA